GAUUUCAAUAGGGUUCUUCUUCGUUUAACAUCGUUGUCUCUACCAAACAAUCUAAUGGGUGACAAGAAGAAGGCUGGCGCUCUAUUCGUGAGACUUGUUUCAACUGCUGGAACUGGAUUUUUCUAUGUGAAGAAGAAGACCAAAACACUUAUAACAAAUCAGACGAAGCUUGAAUUUAGAAAGUUUGAUCCUCGUGUGAAUUGUCAUGUUCUGUUCAAGGAAGAAAAAAUGAAGUGAUGCAAACUCCAAACAUGGGCCAAAUCUUCUUUUAACUGUUAGCUUUCAUUUUUGCAGCAGCCAGUAGUGAAAUUAGACAAUAGGACUUUUGGCUGACUUGUUCUACAACAACAGUUUGUUUUUAUUUAUGCAAUACUCUGAAUUCGUUCGUGAUCAUGUUGAAUGAAACAUAGUUGUUGAUCAUAUGACUGCAAAGAAAAGAUUUGAUUUGAUCA